AUGCUUGCCCAUCGUGUAAAGAACAAGCCAUCCAGUGGAGUUAUCAAUGACUCUACCAAACUUGCCCUUGCUGCCACUGUGAAGACUUGCAGGGUUGUCGCCGCUCUGGUGUUCUAUGGACUAUCCUCCAACUCUAGCAGUUUGGGUGGCAAUAUCUUUGUAGAUUUCAUCUCUACAAUGCUGGUCGAGAUUCCAUCGAGCAUUUUCGACAUUCUGGCUCUGGACAGGGUUGUCGCCGCUCUGGUGUUCUAUGGACUAUCCUCCAACUCUAGCAGUUUGGGUGGCAAUAUCUUUGUAGAUUUCAUCUCUACAAUGCUGGUCGAGAUUCCAUCGUGCAUUUUCGACAUUCUGGCUCUGGACAGGCUGGGAAGGAAGGGCACGCUUUCAUUAUCGUAUUUACUGGGUGGAGUCUCAUGCUUCAUAACCGGAUUUAUCCCUCAAGACAAUUACUGGGUGGUAGUUGGUCUGAGCUUGUUGGGUAAGUUUGGAAUCACAGCAGCAUUUAACAGCCUGUACAUCUACUCCGCCGAGAUCUUCCCAACUGAGUACCGCACUAUGGGAGUUGGUACUUGUUCCAUGUCAGCUCGUCUUGGUGCUAUUCUCGCACCAUUCAUUGCUUCUUUAGCUGAUACAUACAAGCCAUUACCACUACUUAUAUUUGGUGUGUUGUCACUAGUCUCUGGUUGUCUUACUGUCUUCCUGCCUGAGACUGUUGGCUGUGAAUUACCACAAACUAUACAAGACUGUGAAGCUUUUGGCAGUGAUCAGUCUAUAUGGUACUUCACGUGUUGUUCCAGUUGUCACAACAAGUCUACACCUCAAGAAAAUACUGCUCACAAUAAUGUUUUAACACAAGAAAGUUAGGUUAAAUCUGUAAUAAACCUGCAAUAAAUCUGUAAUAAAGCAUAUAACAGAGUUAAAGUCUUAUAGGUAAAUAAAUAGACUAGAUAAGCAGCAGUCAUUUAAAUACUGGAUAAUA